ACGUCACGGGAGCGCCCGAACAGUGGGGAAGCCACCAGUGGUAGAGCUGGCAAAGACGGAAAGGAGGGAAAGAGACAGAAGAGAUAAUAGACAGGAGAGAUACGAGACAGGGAGACAAGCCCCCGAAAGAGAGCGUUUCACCUCGGCUGUUACGUUACGAAACGUCACUUUGAGGUUUGACAGCAAAGCGAAAUAACUGAAGAGAUGUGACUGGCCUUCUUUUACACAGAGCUUAUUUCACAACCGAGGGCAGUAGAGUAAACAGCCGCAGUGAUCCCAUCAUCCCAUGCCUUGUGGAUUUACUUGCCGCCUUAACCUAAAGGGAUGCCUUAUUGAUUCCUGCUUUUCUAACAAAGCCCAUUGAUAACAGUACGGGUGUUAGAAAGGCCUUGAUCACAGCUAUGUCAACACUGCAUCAGGAUAUUUCAAGUCAAGAAGGACUUCUGUAGAAUAGGGACGGGAGUUUGUUUGUUUCAGCUGUUCACUUUAGUAUUUCAGAUUUUUUUUGGAACAGCCAUCUUACAGUUUUUGUGUAAUUUUGAGCAUAGAUUUUUGAUUUGCUUAAUUCAUCAUUUGAACCGGACACUGUUUCGUCUCUACAGUAAACACAGCAUUACAACCCUUACCAUGUACGGUAGCUCCCGUUCCGUCUCAAAGCUGGAUGUUGUUGGAUCCAAUGGGAACGGGUCAGUGUCUGGGAGCCCUGGGCGCUCCCCACGCCUCCCUCGCUCUCCACGCCUUGGACACAGACGAAACAGCAGCAGCAGCUCCACCAGUGGACUUACUGGCUCCUGUAAAACCCUGUCUAUGGAGAACAUUCAGUCUCUAAAUGCUGCGUACGCUACAGGCGGUCCUAUGUACUUCACCGACACAGUUGAUGACUCGAUUGGCGUUGGGAGCGUGGGCAGCGGGCUCAACCCCUCGAUGCCCAAAAGCACCAUGACCCUGGGCAGGGCCGGGGCCAGGGUCCCCUAUGGGGUCAGGGCGGCCAUCAUGGGGAGCAGUCCUAAUAUAAACACUGGAGGGGGAGGGGGAGGGGGUGCAAUGCACAGUGAUGCAAUAGCAUUUGGGGGGGAGCUACAAAACCAGCUUUCACAGGCGGCCACUGUGCCACACUCCAUGAGACAGGUGAGAGACGGUGCCAUGUCGGACCUGCAGACGCAGUUAAGAGAAGUGCUGAGAGAGAAUGAGCUGCUGCGCAGAGAACUGGAGAAUAAAGAGUCCAAGUUGAGCUCCUCUAUGAAUUCUAUUAAGACGUUUUGGAGUCCAGAGCUGAAGAAAGAGAGGGCGCUGAGGAAGGACGAAGCAACAAAGAUUGCCCUGUGGAAGGAACAGUACAGAGUGGUGCAGGAGGAAACGCAGCAUUUUCAGUGCACCAUCCAGGCUUUACAAGAUGAGCUCAGAAUCCAGCGAGAUCUCAAUCAACUCUUCCAGUCCGAUUACUCCUCGGGUCACCUCGGAAAUCAGACCAUCCCCCCACAGGAAAUGACAGAAGAGAACUUCCUGCGUCUCCACAGCGAGUACGAGCGACAGAUGAAAGAGCUAUUCCUCCUAAGGAAGACUGUGGAAGAAAUGGAGCUGAGGAUAGAUACACAGAAACACACACUAAAUGCCAGGGAUGAAUCCAUAAAAAAGUUACUGGAAAUGUUGCAGAGCAAAGGCCUGUCGUCACGGGCAACUGAGGAGGACCAUGAACGAACAAGGCGAUUGGCUGAUGCUGAGAUGACCAUCCACCAACUGGAGGGCCUACUGGAGCAAAAAGACAAGGAGAUGCUACAACUCAGAGAGGAGCUGCACAGGAGAUACGAAGCAGCUCCGGAAUCAACAAAGACCAAGGCCUUGCAGACAGUCAUCGAAAUGAAGGAUGCAAAGAUCAGCUCAAUGGAGCGCGGCCUAAGAGAGCUGGAGGAGGAGGUGAACAUGCUCAAGUCCAACGGAGCUCUGAGCAGUGAGGAGAGGGAGGAGGAGAUCAAACAGAUGGAGGUCUACAGAUCUCACUCCAAGUUCAUGAAAAAUAAGGUUGAGCAGCUGAAGGAGGAGCUAACUCAAAGCCAGUCAGAGAAGGACGAGCUAAGGCAACGAGCCAAUGAGCUCCAGCGGGAGGUGUCUGCAAUGGAACAGGCAAAGCAGGAUCUGAGUCGUAAGGACAGCGAGCUGUUGGCUUUCAGGACCAAACUGGAGACUUUGAACAAUCAGUUUUCUGACAGUAAACAACACGUGGACGUCCUCAAGGAGUCACUCACUGCCAAGGAACAGAGAGCCGCUAUACUGCAGACUGAGGUGGAUGCGCUGCGUCUCCGUCUAGAGGAAAAGGAAUCUCUCCUUGCAAAAAAGAGUCAGCAGAUUUCAGAGCUGACAGAGGAGAAAAGCACUCAGCAUGGAGAGAUCAGCGACCUCAAAGACAUGCUUGACGUCAAGGAACGCAAAGUUAACGUUCUGCAGAAGAAGAUAGAGAACCUCCAGGAUCAGCUGAGGGAUAAAGAGAAACAGCUGGGCGGACUGAAAGACAGAGUAAAGUCUUUACAGACGGACACCUCUAACACCGACACUGCACUCGGAACACUGGAGGAGGCUCUGGCUGAGAAGGAGCGAAUAAUAGAGCGGUUAAAGGAGCAGCGGGAGAGGGAGGAAAGAGAAAAAGGGGACGAGAUGGAGUCUAGCAAAAAGGAGCUGAAGGAGUUGAGGGAAAAAGUCUCCCAUCUGCAGACUGACCUGUCUGACCGUGAGACUUCCCUGUUGGAUCUGAAGGAGAAGGCUUCCUCUCUGGCUUCCUCCACUCUGAAGAAGGACAACAGGCUGAAGACUCUGGAGAUCAGCCUGGAGCAGAAGAGAGAGGAGUGUGUUAAACUAGAGAACCAACUCAAGAAGGCUCGGAGCGCAACAGCAGAUUCCCAGGCCAGCACCGAACUAUCUGAACGUAUCUCCUGCCUGGAGCAGGAAGUGACCCGGCACAAAGAGGAUGCCGAAAGGGCUCAGUCUGAGGUGGAACGGCUUCUGGAGAUCCUGAGGGAGAUGGAGAAUGAAAAGAACGACAAGGAGAAAAAGAUCCAUGAAUUGGAGAGAGAUCCCUCUGCCUCUCAUCUGUGGCGUUCUCAGCAGUCGCGAAAACAGGCCCCUCCCUCUGCUGCCUCUCAGCAGCCAAUGGGGGGGCUGGUAUGGGACUACCUGGGCACUUUUGCCUCAAGGGAUUUUCAACAAUCAUUCUGCAAACCACAACAUAAGCAGAUGAAGGACCAGUCGAAGAAGGUGGCCAACCUGAAACAGAAGGAGCAGCUGGAGAAGAGCAGGAAUGCCCAGCUGAUGGAGGAUGCCAAGAAGAGAGAGGACAAUCUGAAUGAAAGCUCCCAGCAAAUACAGGACACCCUCCGUCUGAAGGAGGAGCGCAUUGAAGAGUUGGAGGAAGCGCUCAGGGAAAGCGUUCAGAUCACAGCGGAGAGGGAGGUGGUGCUCGCCCAGGAGGAACAGGCACGCACACACUCCGAGAAACAGCUCUCUAACAUUCCAAUGCAUGAGUUCACCACAGCCGGCUUUAGGUGGUCAAAGGUGGAGGACCUGCUGGUUGCCAUGGAGAGGGUGAAACAGGAACUGGAUGUGAUGAAAGCUAAGCUGUCAUCAACUCAACUUUCACUGGCCGAGAAGGAAGGUCACCUGACCUCCCUGCGGGCCGAGCGGCGGAAACACCUGGAGGAGGUCCUGGAGAUGAAACAAGAGGCGCUGCUGGCAGCCAUAAGUGAAAAAGAUGCCAACAUUGCCCUGCUGGAACUCUCCUCAUCCAAGAAGAAGAAAACCCAGGAGGAGGUGGCAGCUCUGAAGAGGGAGAAGGAUGGUCUGGUUCAUCAGCUCAAACAGCAGACUCAAAACCGGAUGAAGCUCAUGGCAGACAACUAUGAGGACGAACACCUUAAGGUCUCCUCUCCAAACGCAGAGCAGCCCAACAAUCACAAGCCUUCCCCAGACCAGAUUCUCUCUCCACUCCUGGAUCUCAAUCAGAAUCGCAGUAAACUAAAGCUGUACAUCAGUCACCUGACCUCACUGUGUCAGGAGCGAGACCCAAUCAUACUACAGGACUUCGCCCCACCCACCGCCUAUCACCGGUCUGACUCCGCCUCCUGGCAUACGCAGCUGCACAGCAUGACGCAGGAACAGUUGGAGGCGGAGUUAGCGCUCUGUGAGAGGGAGGGGGCGGAGCUCCAGGAGUACGCCAAUCAGGUCUUGCAGCAGAUCGCAGACCGAUGCCCCGACAUUUUGGAACAAGUGGUCAACGCUCUGGAGGACAGCUGCUGACAUAGAAACACACAUACGCUGAAAGAAACAACAAAUAAGCUUACAUACAGACAUGAACUUUCCUGCAAAGUCAGAAAGCAAGCAAACAUGCACAGGUCCAUCAGAAGUCUCCAGCAAGCUCCCAUAAUUCCCUGAUGCUCAAAAUAAAUUACAGGAUGAAGACUUUCUCUUCCACCGGUAUUUCACUCAUCUCAUUUUCGGAAAAAGAAAUCUA